AUGGUUUAUCAUUCUCAAAAAUCUCAAAAUGAUUCUAAUAUAAUACAAUAUCAAAAAAAUCCAGUAAUCUUAUUACCUAAAAUGUCAAAUACUGUUACAGGAUCAUCCAUAAAUAGUAUUAUGAAAGCAGUUAAUACUGAUAAUAUUCCUACAGAAAGUUAUAUAUUAAUGCCUAUAUCAAUUGUCACUAAUAAUUAUCCAUCAUCAUCUUAUCAUAUACCAAGACCUAUCGCAAAUAUAUCUAAAUCUAAUAGUCUUUCAUUGUCAACGGUUAACUUAAAUCCAUUGAAUAAUUCAAUUCCUAUUUCAUCUAUUAUUAGUAAUAAUAAAAUUAUAAAUCCUAAUACUAGAUAUCAGGUGCAACAAAAAAGAAACAUGAAAAAAGGAAGAUCAUCAAGAAAUACUAUUGGAGUUACAAGAGGGACUGAUAUUUUUAAAGAUCAAAAUUUAUUACCUAUUUUAUCUUCUGCCUCAAUGUGUACAGAAAAUAGUCAACCAAAUGAAUCAAAAUUAUUUCAAAGUAUUUCAUUAAAUACGGUAAAAAAAAAUAAUUCAGAGAUUGACUAUAAUCAAACAUAUGCAUCUCAAGAUAAUGAAAAUCAUUGUAAAACAUCACCCUCCGAAGAUAAUAGUGUUAUUUAUGAUGUUCCAAAUUUUAAUUUACCUCCAUCAUUGCCACCACAUUCAUCAACAAAAAUUUCACAAAAUUCAACAUUUGAUAAUAGUAGGACGAUACAAUCAAAAUUUCUACAAAAAUCAUAUAAUAUACCUAAUAAUAUUAAUGGUUAUCAUUCAAAUAUACUACCAAUUAUUGGAACAAAAUAUUUUAUUCCACCACCACCACCUCCUAUAAAUCAUAGUAUUGUAAUGAAAGAAAGUAAAAGGCAAUUUAAAGAAAUUUUAAAAAAUGAUCGUAAAUUAAAAAAGUAUCAAAAAAAGUUACAACGAGGAUUUGUUAUGCGUAUAUGUUGUUCAAGUGUUACUCAAUUGAUUUGGGGAAUUAUAUCAAUUAUUUGUCUUGGUUUUUUAGCUUACAUUAUUUUUGUAUAUUAUUUAAUAUAA